GUCGGCACCACUGCCGGGCCUGUGGCCGCGUCGUGUGCGGCGACUGCAGCAAGGGCACCUUGCGGCUUCAGGGCCCCAGCAGCGCGAAGGAGCGGGUGUGCGACUCGUGCGUGGAUCUGAGGCAACACCACAGGUCGGCGGCGGACGAGCUGGACGACAGGAACAGGAUGGAGGCCUCCCUGAAGGAGAACCUGGCGGAGAAGCUCAAACAGGCGACCUGGUACGAGGAGUUCUUGAAGAAGAUCUGCUCCGAAGGGGACGCCACGCCGCUGGACCC